AUGGCAUCACCGGUCACACAAAUCCAUUACUUGACGAUAGACACAAGCAAGGACUUGACGGACACGGACUCGGAGGCCGGAAAGGCUUGGAACCGAGCCCUCGACUUAUUGGAGCAUUUCUCGGGCUUCCGGCGUUUAUACUGGGGCCGCUCUCCCGAAGACGAGACCAAGGUGCAGUUACACGUCGUGCUUGUCUAUCCCCCUUCACUCCUAUUCAGCAGGUCCAGUGCAGCUGAUGAGGAACCUCUACUAGUAAGAGACACCCGCGCCCAGCACCAGGCCUUCCUCUCGUCCCCGGAGCACACGGCUUUCCAAGCCAUCCUCCAGACCCUCGUAUCUUCGUCCUCACCCUCGCCGCCGCUGGUACGCCACGCGCAGCUGCGGGACUUCACGCCGGGGUCCCAGGCGCUCGGCCGCGGGGCCCCCGUGUCGGGGACGGCAGUGUACGUGUCGACGGACGCGGCUUGGCACGAGGGCGCGUGGCCGCUGUGGACGCACAUCGUGCCGGGGGUGGACGGGUGCCUGGGGUGCUCGGGCGGGCCGUUGGAGGAGGUCGUUGACGGCCACGGGAGCUGCUACCUCGUCUACGUCGGCUGGGAGACGGUGGCCAAGCAUGACGCCUACCACCACACUCGCCACUUUGCACGCCACGGCAUCAUCCUGCGCAAAGGGAACAAGGGGUGGCGCGAGUACGGGCACGUCCGGUUCGAAGGGGCGAGGGAGGGCGGUGUCAAGGGCAAGUUAUAA